UGGUCGUGACCAACCAACCAACCGUCACCCCCACCAUGCCGUAACCGUGCGUGACCUACCUCAGAGAUCCCCAACCGGCGCCCGCCCCCCAAUCCUCGGCCUCGCAUCCGCCGGUGGCCGCCGCCCGCCGGGGGCUUCGAGCACCCAACCCCCACCCGGCCACCCGCCCCGCUGCGAAGCCAAAACCUCAUCCCGCCCGCCCGCCGGGGGCUUUGAGCACACGCUCGAAGACUGAGCGAGAACCAUGGCGCCACCUGCCGCGUCCCUCUCCCCCGUCUGCUGCGUCCCCUUCCCGGCCUCAGCCCCCUGCCGCGCCUCCCCCUCCUCCACCAGAAGGCUCCCCAGAUUCGCGGCACGGAGUAGCAGCGGCGGCGGCUCACGCCCCGAGCCGAAACCAGGUGACAGCGAGAGCAAGGCCGUCCUCGACGCUUUCUUCCUCGGGAAGGCCUUCGCGGAGGCGCUCACGGAGCGGGUCGAGUCGGUGGUGGGCGAGGUGUUCAGCGUCGUCGGGCAGUGGCAGGCCGAGCAGCAGAAGCAGGUGCAGGAGUUCCAGGAGGAGGUAGUUCAAAGAGCCCAAAAAGCUAAAGAGAGAGCUGCAACAGAAGUUCCUGAUGAUAAGGGGCCAAAGACUUUAAGGGAACCUUCAGCUACAAUUGUGACGCCUGCACCUACGAUGCCUCCUCCUGCUACUCCCACACAGGCAGAAUAGUCCUAGCCUUCUUGGUGGUGAUGAAGAGUUGCUGCUGUAUGUAGAUGCAGUUCCAUGAGGAAACAAAAAGUCUGUACAGACUCUCACCUUAUAUGUAUCAAUCUAAAUAGCCUUUGCAAUUUAGCAUUUGAGUUAAGAAUCGAAGGGACAAGUUUUCAUAUGAAUGGAAUGGUAGACAUUAGUUCACUUUCAUAUCUGAGAAAUAACUUUUGCAUCUAUAACCAA